AUGGCGCGACUUACCAUCGUCCUCGCAUGCUUCGCCCUCCUGCUCCUAAGAGCUGAGGCGGGCCCACCACCUGGCAAAGGACCUGACAAGGGCAGCACCGGCAGCACAGGCAGCACAGGCAGCACUGGCAGCACAGGUAGCACUGGGAGUACCGGAAGUACCGGAAGCACAGGCAGCAGUGGCAAGCCCGGAGGAGGUCCCCCUCCCAAGACUGGAGGAGGCCCUCCUCCCAAGCCCAAGAAGCCAUUCAAGCCUGUUGUGCUUGCUCGCUAUAUGGGAACCGUGCAGCCAUGCAAGCCCCUUCCAUUCGUCCGCGGAUCCAUUGUCGCCAACGUCCUCUCUACUGAGGACAACACAACCAACUCCAUGACGUUCGGCCUCCUUAUCUCCGGAACCUCCGAGGCGCCCACUGUCCAGGGUAUCUACAGCACCGAUCCGUGCGAUCCGCUUGUUGAGCAGAAAUUGCUCUCCCAGCAGCAAACUUCUCAAAUGGCACGGUUCUUGGUUUUCGCCGUCGCGAUUCUUCUCGCCAGUGCGCUCGCCCUAGCCCACCCAGCGGGCCGCGACGACAGCCAAAAGGGUGGUGGAGAUAGUGGAAGGGGUGGCGGUGAUUAUGGAAGGGGAGGCGGUCGUUGGCGGCCGUCGCCAUUGGCGCGCUACGAGACCAACUUGCGGCCGUGCAUCGGCUGGGCUCCCAUUCGCGGAGCCGCGAUGAUUGACGUCCUCUCCACACAAACCACUGGAACGAACGAAAUUCGUUACGGCCUCAUGGUCCAGGGUGUCGCUGUGCCUCCUGCGAAGAUGACCAUCUACUCCACAGACCCCUGCGACCCGCUGGUUACCAGCCCAAAAGUUCUCGUCGACCUUUCGGGAAAGUGGUACAACAUUUCGCCAAGACGUGGUCCUCCGACUUUCACGAUGAGUGGCUCGGUGCUAAGCAGUGUUCUUCCGGUCCAGACGACCUAUUUCCGCGGAAGGAACUCCCAGGUUCCUGUGUUCAUUUCAUUCGCCGUUGGUACAACGUUGAACAGCACUAUAGCUGGUAAAUUCCAACGCGACUACUAG